GACUGCCCUUUACAUUAUUGGACAUCCACAAUCUCCAUAUUUACAAUUAGCCUCUUUUAACCUUCCUCCUUUCUUAAUCUCCACCCAGCCUCUCCCUCUUCUUUCAAAUUCUUCUUUCUGAAAAUAUUUUCUCUGCCUUUUUUCUUUUUGAUCGAUAUUCUUUGUUCCUUUACCUUUAGAAAUUAGAAAUAGAAUUAGAAUCGUUUCUUUCUUUUUUCUUUCUCUUUUUUUUUUUUUGUAUAUGAUAAUCCAUAGGGUUUUAUUUUGUUCCCUUUCUUGUAUAGGGUUUUGGAUUUUUUUAAGUUUUUCGAUUUAGGCUAUUGUAACAUUGUAAUUUUCCCCCCUUUUGGUAAAUUGAUUUGCUAAUUUGACUGUAAAUGAGAAUAAGAGUGAUUAUCGAUUUAGGAAUUUAGGGUUUUCGAUUUGCUUACAUGGAGAAUCCGCGUAGAUCAUUUGAUAGAUCAAGAGAACCUGGUUUGAAAAAACCACGGUUAACUGAAGACCUCACUCCGAACCCUAAUAUCCGGCAUUUUUCUCAACGAACGAACCCAGUUGGUCCCGCCUCUGGUUUGAGAUUCCGGUCCAAUGAUUCCGACACCAAUGAUUUGACCCGUGGCGACGGUGGAGCUUACGAGCCACAACCAGUGUCACAUCAGCAGCAACACCUCCAACAACAAGAGUUAGUUAGCCAGUAUAAGACGGCGUUAGCUGAGCUCACUUUUAACUCGAAACCAAUUAUUACUAACUUGACAAUAAUCGCUGGCGAGAAUGUUCAUGCCGCCAAGGCCGUUGCUGCUACUGUCUGCGCUAAUAUUCUUGAGGUUCCCAGUGACCAAAAACUGCCAUCACUCUAUCUUUUAGAUAGUAUUGUAAAGAAUAUUGGGAGAGACUACAUUAAAUGUUUUGCUGCCAGAUUACCUGAGGUGUUCUGCAAAGCAUAUAGACAAGUUGAUGCUCCCUUGCAUCAGAGCAUGCGACAUCUUUUUGGAACCUGGAAAGGGGUAUUCCCUCUUCAGACUCUCCAAGUGAUUGAAAAGGAACUUGGCUUCACUCCUUUGGUAAAUGGUUCAUCUUCAGGAAACACAACAUCUAGAAUGGACACACUGUCACAGCGUCCACUACAAAGCAUUCAUGUAAACCCAAAGUAUCUAGAGAAGCAGCGUCUUCAACAAUCAAGCAGGGCAAAAGGUAUGGUCAAUGAUAUGGCUGGGACUUUGGCCAACUCAAAGGAGUCUGAGAGGCCAGAUAGAGGACGCAGCAUAGCUGGACUGUCAUACGGAGAUCAUUCUGUUAAAAUGAAUACUCCAGCUGGCAUAGAAGUUAGAAGAACCAGGGGGAAUGUUACGGAUCAGGGGCUUGAUGCGCCUUGGUUUGGAGCUACAAGCAGCAUUACUGAGACUAUUCCCAGCCAGAGGAAUGGUUUCAACAUUAAGCCUGGAUCUCUAAAUUACUCAACAUCCAAAUCAGUGAAUGCUGAUCCUCGUUUACAGGUAACACAUAACAUUUCUGGUAGAAACAGCAGUGGGUUGUCUAGCAGCUGGAAAAACUCUGAGGAGGAGGAGUUUAUGUGGGAGAUGCACUCUAGGUUGUCUGAACAUGAUGCGGCCAACUUCUCUAAUAACUUGAGGAGAGAUCGUUGGACUCCUGAUGUUUCAGAAAAAAUGGAUUUUGAAAGUCAGCUCCACAGACCUCAAAGCAUUCAUGAUGCGGGGUCAAGGUUUGAUAGAGAGACUUCUGCUGAUGCAUUAUCCACUGAGCAGGACAAAACUUCAUUUGGGCGUCAGAUUUCUACUGCAUGUACAGAUGGUUUGCCUGCUAUGAGUUCAAGACGUACCGAAAGCUAUUCUGCUACUGUUGGUGGGUUGCCUACUGGUGCAAGUUCUUCCCCGACCAGUAUAGGAAUGCGACCACAAACAAAUUCAUCCCAUUUGGGAGCCUCAGGCGUCGAGAUUUUGGCGAAUGUGGCAUCAGGAUCCACAGGUACUUCAGGAAAGCAGCGUUUUCAGCCCAUGGGAACUGCAUCACCUCCUGAACAGUCUCCUAUGCGCCAACAUUUACCUUCACCUUCUUUUCCUGCUCGCCAUCCCCAUCAACAGCUACAGAAAUUGACUGAUCCAGACUAUCAGCAAGCUGUUUCCCUGCCUCCGGCUGAUCUGAAACCAUCCAAUUUUUCAGGGAAGUUAAAUGUUGGGUCUCAUAGACGCUCUCCUCAUACUUCUGCUUCUUCUUUGCAUCCUAGCCUUCGUUCUCCCCUUUCACAGCCACCACAACAAGACUCUGUGCAGGCUGAAUCUUCUGGUCAGAUUCAGAAGCCUCUUCCGUCUCAAAUCUCCAAAUUAGAAGCAGCCUCAACACUUGGAAGUGCAUUGGAGCAUUCCAAUCCUCUUGCAAUUCAAUCUUCAGAAUUAUCAAGUACGAGUAGUCUAUUAGCUGCUGUAAUGAAGAGUGGAAUCCUCUCCAGCACUUCAUUUACUGGCAGCCUUCCGACUAAGAUUUCUCAAGAUGGGGGGCAAAUUUCUCAGCCUCCAGUCCCAAAUCGGCCUCCUGCUGUUUUAACAACCUCAGGUUUGAUGCUUGAUAGUGCAAUUUCAUCUGGUUCUGCAACCCAUGAUUCAAUAGCAGCUACUCCAAAUAGUUCCCGGGAAAAAGUAGAACAGCUGCCACUGCCUCCUGGACCACCACCUUCAUCUCUUGUUACUAAUGCCCCAUCACCAACUUCUGAUGCUGAAAGCAAGGAUACAAAUCCUAUAUCCAACCUUCUGAGCUCAUUAGUUGCCAAAGGUUUGAUAUCUGCGUCAAAGAAGGGUGCUGCAUCUCUUCCUAUGCCCAACCAAAUACAAAAGAGCCUAGGAAUUGAGAGGCCAACUGAAUCACUGAACAAGAGUUCAGACAUUCAGAGUUCAUCUGAUGCUCCUCGAUCCUCCACAAUGGAUGAGGUAUCACAUGCUGAACCUGCUCCGAAAUGUUCAGUUGCCUCACAUCAGUCCACCUCAACAGAAGUAGAAAGCUUCAUAGGAUUAGAACUCAGGCCAGAUGUAAUCAGAGAAUUUCAUUCAUCUGUGAUCAGUGGAUUGUCGGAUGACCUUCCACAUUGUUGCAGCUUAUGUGGUCUUCGACUUAAGCUUCAGGGAAAGCUUGAUAGACACUUAGAGUGGCAUGAAAUGAAGAAGACUGCAUCAAGAGGUUCUGGUAGGGCAUUGAGGGGAUGGUACCCAAAGUCAGAUGAUUGGCUUGCUGGAAAGCCUGGGCAAUUGGUAUUUGGUUCCACUGGUUCUCUGAACAAGUUGGAAAAGACAACAGAAAAGGCUGAGCUUAUGGUUCCUGCAGAUGAAAAUCAGUGUGCAUGCUUGUUAUGCGGCAAGCUAUUUGAAGAUUAUUUUAGCCUGAACAGGGGUGAAUGGAUGUUUAAGGGAGCAGCAUACUUGGCUAUCCCAUCAAAGGAGGGUGGGGUGGGAACUACUUAUGGCUGUGCAGCCUACGGCCCCAUUGUGCAUGCAAAUUGCAUGUCAGAAAGUUCAGUUCAGGAUUUGGGACUGUCUGGUGAUAUUAAAGUGGAAAUGGAAGAAUAACGCUGUAAUGUGAAUGAAUGGAGAUAUCAGUUGCAGUGCCAUUAGUAGAGCCCUGACCAAAGAAUCCAGGUUUACUUUUUCCAUAGCAUAAAUUUUAACAAACGGCCCUUGUACGCUAAAUUUUGUGGUGCUUCAGAGAGGUGCUGAGAGUGUCUACUAGUGUUGCUUUUAUCGUUCCCAUUUUUGUUUUCCUUCUUUUAAAAAGGGUCAUAGUCUGAUAGAUAGAAGUCCAUAUAAAUACCUCAUAAUUUUUGCUUUCCCGCUUUUAAUAUGUUGUUGCGUUAUAUUAAUAGUUCUUUUCCCCUUUUUUUCGGGAGCGGAUUUUAAGUUAUUAAACAUUAAGGCACUCGAGUCAUUUUCCAUAUUCAGCUUUAAAAUUGGCAACCAGCAAAGAGCCUGUUUAUCGUUAAAUAUAGUGAAAUCUUUAGGGUAGCUUUUGGGGAUUAGGAUUUUAGUAUUUGGAUCUAGAUUUUUGAAAGUGUAAAUUGAAUAGUAAGCUAUUUAAAAAGGUAACACUCAUGAUAAUUUCUCAUA